GAAAUUGUCAGAGGCUGGACUUGAGCUAUGUCGUGAAGGCUUGGGGAAAAGUCCCACUGCACGGCAGCUCGGCAAAGCUGCUGCAAACUGGGAUUUGAAGAAAAUUGCAAAGAAAGUGUUGCCGGAAGGUCCGCAUCGCAUGAAAGAUGGAAAGCUGGAUGGGCCUAUGAUACUUCAGCUGAAGAAGAUUCAGAAUAUCUCCGUGGCGUCAGCAAAGCAGAACAAGCCUUCAUCGAGUGGACUAGGUCGGUGUCUUCGCUUGACUCUGUCCGAUGGUCACCAGGAUUGUCGUGCCUUGGAAGUGCAGGCAAUGCAAGACCUCAGUGUUGACUUGCCCCCAGGUACGAAGAUCUUGCUGACCGGCGAGGUGGGAGUUCACGGUGGUUUCAUUCACCUCACACCGCACUCUUGCAAGGUUCUUGGCGGACGUGUUGAGCACCUCUACACAAAGUGGAGUCUUACUCGGAGUGUUGCCGAGCAAGUGCUGGUGCGCAACGAAGGCGACAGUGGUCCUCCACCAUUCAUCGCAUUUGAUAAGGCUGUAAAAGCAGGAAUUGCAGGAGUCGCCUCGUCCCGCACGACCACCAGCACACAAGGAUCUACUUCCAAGGCUUCUAACGGCUCGUCCACGUCUGCAACAGGAAAACCGAGUGAGUCGUCAUCUUCCAAGCCCUCCAAUGGUAGCAGCAGACACACAGCCGCGUCGUCGGCUAGUGCUGGGCAAACUGGCCAUUCGGCAGCAGCCGCCACCGGGGCGGAUGGGAAGCGAGGGGCGGCUGCAAAACCUGCGUCAGAUGGCCAUCGGCACGAACGUGACUCCAGACAGCAGCAGCAGCAGCAGCAGAGACCGAGGCAUCCUGGUGGCACUGGCCAUGGGAGCGCUGAUGAGCCACAACGACAUGACAGGGGCGGGCGUGCUGGCGGUCGUGGUAGAGGUGGUGCGCCGCCAUCCAGUGCCAGCGCAUCUUCAGCGGCAAGGUAUGACGAGUACGACAAUGGUCACAGAGACGACUAUUCGCAACAUCAACGUGGUGGCCGAAGAGGCGGUAGAAGAGGCAGAGGCGGUUAUGCUGAUGAACAACAGCAUGGUUACGAUGGUCGCAACCACUCGGCCAACAACUUUCGUGAUGACGUAUCACCAUCAUCAUCAUCCUCAGCAGCAGCAGCAGCAGGAGCUACAGGGUAUGACGAUGUUGGUGAUCAUUAUCAUGCUGGUUCUGGUGGAAGAGGUCGGGGCGGCAGGGGCCAAGGCCGUGGUGGCAGAGGUAGAGGAGACCGGGGUGCACGUGAUGAUCACCGACAAGGUGAUGACGGUGGUGAUGGUGGCAUGGACGGUCGGCGUAGAGGUCGUGGUCGCCGUAGAGGUGACGAUGACGACGAUGGCGAUUCCGGCCGAUCGGCCCAACCGGCCACGCUCUGGGAUAUGAUGGAAGCGUCCAUGAGCAAGAGCACUGCUAAAACGUUCAAAUCGGCAGAACCGGCAGAUGUCUUACCGGACUUGGAGCAACUGAGCCUUGGUAUGUCACAUGUUAGCCUUGCUCCAAAUCAAAGUCUUUAUGAUGAUCCUAGAGUUGACGGCAGUAGGCAGCGUACUCGAUCCCCAGCACCCGCGACUUCCCAUCAUGAAUCUACUGCACGGCCAAAACAUCGUGCCGACACGAGGCACGACCGUGAUCCUCGUGCCGACACGAGGUACGACCGUGAUCCUCGUGCCGACACGAGGUACGACCGUGAUCCUCGUGCCGACAUGAGACACGAUCGUGAGCCUCGUGCCGGCAUGAGACACGACCGUGAGCCUCGUGCGGACAUGAGACAUACUCGUGACAGCUACCGAGAUGACAGGGGACAGCGGCAGGAGCGUGCACAGAAAGUGGAAUCGCGUUCACAACCUCAUAUCGAUCAGCGCCAGAGUCAGAGGCAAGCUACGCAUGAUACCCAAAAGUCGUCAUCGUCUCGCUCAGCAACUGCGGAUGGCAGGAAGCAUGCUGGCAAAGACAGUGGCGGCCCAGGCCCUGAUGGAAGAAAUGGCAGCCGUGAUCAUGAUAACAGCACCUCUACAAGUACCAGCACAGUGGCCAAGGAAGGUGCUAAAGGCAACAGUCGACAGCAAGCUCAGCAACGGCAGGAACAAGGUGGUGGUGGUGGUGCUGCUGCUGCUGCUGCUGCUGUGCCUACGGCUAGCGACAGUUCCAAACACUCAACUAGCACUGGCAAGUCUAGAUCAGGGAAUGCUGGCAACAGCAACGGCAGCAGCAACAACAGUGAUACUGCGGCUAGUGGUGGGAGAAAGAAGACCCCAUCACAGGAUGUACGGCAAGACACACACAAAGACACAAGGAGGUCUGCACAGAAUGGUCGUAACAGAGACAAUGGUCACGCUCCCAAAGAGACUGCUCAGCGCGGACAAACUCAGGCACGUCCGCCCGCUCAGCCAGUUGUGCCUACUACUAGCCGAGCUGACGGAGAGUCACAUUCAAAGUUUAGCAACCAUCCGCCGCCUAGCAGUGCCCUUGCUAGCGCUCUGUCCAAGAAGUCCACAGAUAGGAUCAGAGUUAUCUCCCCGAAGACCGUUGCCACUGCCGGCCAGGCACAGUCCACCCAGGAGCCAAGUCAUGGUACAGCUGAAGCUGCUAGGAAAGCCACUGCGCCUCUGAGUGGAGCCGGGAACGGCCAGCAGCACUCGAGUACGUCCACCGCUUCUGCAGCAGCAUCUCACAAGCACACGGCCGCUGGUCAGUACACGGGUAAUGAUAGUCGUGGUGCUACCGGCGGAGCGUCACGUGUAUCCACUCACAGGCAUGCUGCACCACCACCAGGGUUUCAGCCAGUCGGCGCGUAUCAAGCGCCAUUUCCCGAGCAGCCUGCUCAUAUGCCAGCUGCAGCCGGCAGCCAGCAGCAACUACAGAGGGUACCUUACUAUGUACCGCCGCGUACGCAGCAGCAGCAGCAGCAGCAGCAUCAGCAACAACACCAACAACAGCAGCAGCAGCAGCAGCAGCAGCAGCAGCAUGGGCAUCCCAGUCACUUCCAACACCAGCAGCCUUUACAACAUCAUCAGCAACAGUUUCCUCCCGGCAACUAUCCCAAUCAGCAACAGCAGCAGCACGGUGGAAGUUUGUUAGGAUACCCACCGGGUGCUGGUCAGCAAUUCUCAGCUCCUCCUUAUCAUACCCAGCCACCACCAGGUCAAUCUGGCCCUGGCUGGUUGCCUAAUCGACAGCCCCAUUAUUGAUCAUUUUGAUCACAGUGCAUUCUGCUAUUUUUCAGGACGUUCUCCCUACCCAUGUUGUGUUCUGAUUGUGUAUGUAUCUCAUCCUCUGAUGAAAUUUAUCCUUUUCCUAUUGUCCUCGGACGGAUUUGCUUAGAAUAUCAGCGCUCCAGCACUGUCUAAUGCUAUCGAUUUCCAGACAUUUUUCUUUGAAGAGUAAACACGGAUUCCUAUUA